AAGCACCAUCCAGCAUAACCUAGCUGAAAGAGAUACUCAGAACAGCACUGGAAGCAACUGAGCAGUGGACUUUGAAUGAGCUACGUACCAGCUUUGCCCUGUCUGAGAUGAGGUAGUGGUGACUUCGUGGUUUUGAGAAGGAGCCAGUAGUGAAUGCUAUUCCAUUGCCCCAGGGAUGGUGACAAGCAAGGGUGACCAACGGGUGCCAAGUUCCAGUGUACUAGUGAGAAUGUCUCAACCUGCUGCCUUAGCUUCUGUACAGGUCACCCUUCUUAUGCUAUUUCUCUGCUGGGAUGUACUUAUUUCGGCACUGCCCAUUGGUCCUGAUUAUUUGCAACGUGGCUGGCAGAGGCUUCUAGAGGAAGGGGAGAGUUGUGUGGAAUGUAGAUUGGAAGAAUGCCCCACCCCUCGUGGUUGCCUGGCUGGAGUGGUGCUGGAUGCCUGUGACUGCUGUUGGGAAUGUGCAAAUCUAGAGGGACAGAUCUGUGACCUGGACCAUACCAACCACUUCUAUGGCAAGUGUGGGGAUCACUUAGAAUGCCGUCUUGAUUCAGAAGACCUGCAACAUGGUGAGGUGCCUGAGCCCCAGUGCACUUGUUUAUCUCAUCAAGCUCUUUGUGGUUCCGAUGGCAAAACAUACGCUCAUAUCUGCAAAUUCCAAGAGGUGUUUAAUUCCAGCCCAGAUGCUAAUCUCACUGUAGGUCAUGAAGGACCCUGUGAAUCAGAGCCCCGCAUUAUAUCUCCUCCCUAUGAUAUCUGGAACAUCACUGGGCAAGAUGUGAUCUUUGGCUGCGAGGUCUUUGCAUAUCCCAUGGCAUCUAUUGAAUGGAGGAAGGAGGGUCUGGAUAUGCUGCUUCCUGGAGAUGACCCCCACAUUUCAGUUCAGUUUAGGGGAGGUCCUCAGAAGUAUGAGGUGACCAGUUGGCUUCAGAUCCAGGCUGUGCGGUUGACUGAUGAAGGAACGUAUCAAUGCUAUGCAAGGAACAAUGUUGGGCAAGUGGCAGCUCCUGCCAGCCUUAUGGUCCUCACUCCUGAUCAGCUGAAUUUAACCUCAUUGGUUCUGCCCAAGGGGCCCAACCUUGGAUCAAAUGAUGACUGGGAGAGUGAUGAAUCGUAUGAUUAUUACUGAAAAGGACACAUACAGGAGAGCACUCAGAAUGCAGAGGCAUUUGUGUUUUUUCCCAUUUGAACAUUUAUUUCAUCAUCAACUGCUGCCCCAGUUUCCUAGAAUAAUUAAUAUGGAAACUCUAGGCUGAAUUUAAAGAAGACAAAGGAAAAAUUUCUAUGGACAACUUCAAUAUAAGUUACUGGGUAGAGAAAAUUAAUGUACUUAAUUGUAUAACCUAUCCCUUUCCUGGAUGACAGAGACAGCAAAGCAGGUGGAAGGGAAGAAAUGAUUGUAUUUAACUGAUGCAAAUCAAAUGGGCAUUAAAAAGGACUUGUAUCAGCUUC